AUGUCCAUUCGUCUCACUGUCGUUGUCGCCGCUACACCUACGCAUGGUAUCGGCAAAUCAGGGGGGUUGCCCUGGCGCCUCCCACGAGAGAUGAAAUAUUUCGCGCGAGUUACAACUUCUGCGCCAGAGAACAGGAAGAACGCCGUAAUCAUGGGCAGAAAUACAUGGGAGAGCAUUCCCCUUAGAUUUCGGCCGCUGCUCAACCGGACAAACGUUGUCUUGACGUCGAAGCUAGCAUACACGCUAGGAGUAGAAGGAGAUGCAACGACCCGUAAUGAUCUUCCUUCGGCACUAUCCGAAAUAUCGCAAGGACCGAUGCCCAUUCACCGAUACUUCAUCAUCGGUGGUGCAGGUCUCUACGACGAGACCUUGGCUCUACCCACUUCUUCGUCCGUCUAUGUCGACCGAGUUCUCCUCACGCGUGUGCUGGAGCCCAACUUCGACUGCGAUACGUUUGUACAUUCCCUCGGGUCGAUGUCGGGCGACGGCCAAGAGGGAUGGCGACGUGCGACACAGGAAGAGCUCCGUCAAUGGGCUCAAUUUGACGUGCCAGAGGGUGUGCAGGAAGAAAAAGGAGUGCGAUAUGAGUUCCAGAUGUGGGUGCGAGAUUAA